UCCUGCCAUGCAAUCUUCGCUCACUUCCACCUCUCACAACAACAACACGUCUUUCAUUCAUUAAAAUCCUCACCUUCAUAAAUAACCUAACCUCUUCGUUUGUUAUACAUCCUCACAAUUUUCUCCUUUUUUUUCUCCCUAUCUUUCUCCGUCUUUACCCGUUCCGUUUCGACUCAUUCGAAAUCCAUAUUUUUCUCCUUCACCAACAAAUACUCAUUUUAGUUAUCAUAAAUAACCAGAUCUGCAUGCUAUCGUUCUCCUCAGUUUAUUAAAUUAUUUCAUUCAAAAUCCGUUAUCUGUUCCUAUCUUGAUAAUCACUUUUAACCAAUUAUUCUUCUGAAGGGUCGUUGUGGGGAUCGAAUUGCAUAGAGAGAGUUGCGAGGGGGAGUUCUCCAUUUUUGAUUAGAUCUUUCACUGUUUUCUUUUGGGGGGGUAGCCGGGGCUUUUGCCUCGGCGGGUUUCAAAGCCCCCACUUAGAAAACUUCUUUUCUUUUCCUCUUUCAAAAUCCAAACCCUAAUUUUUUUAUCAUAAUUUUUCUUUUAUUGCGGAAGAGAUGCCGGCUUUAGCUUGUUGCGUCGACGGUGCCGCUGCACUCCUUCCUCCCGGCUACGCACUUGCCGGAGACACAACUCUUCCGCCGCCGUUCACAUUUUCUGCUGUGACAAUAACCACCGACGAUGCCUCCGCCGCUGUUGAGGAAACCAAUUGGUCUCCUUCUCUUUCAACCAAAUUAUUCAAAAUCGACGGCUGGGGUUUUCCUUACUUCGGCGUGAAUAACGCCGGAGAUAUCUCCGUUCGGCCACACGGUACGGCGACGAUGUCUCACCAGGAGAUUGAUUUGCUCAAAGUUGUGAAGAAAGCCUCCGAUCCGAAAUGCUGUGGCGGACUCGGGUUGCAGCUUCCUCUCGUUGUUCGGUUUCCUGAUGUUUUAAAGAAUCGUCUCGAGUCUCUUCACGCUGCCUUCGACGGUGCGAUUCAAUCUCAAGGGUAUGAAUCUCAUUACCAAGGUGUUUACCCUGUGAAGUGUAACCAGGACCGGUUCGUUGUGGAGGACAUUGUUGAAUUCGGGUCACCGUUCCGGUUCGGGUUAGAAGCUGGUUCGAAACCCGAAUUGCUUUUGGCUAUGAGCUGUUUGUGUAAAGGAAACAGAGAAGCCUUUUUGGUUUGCAACGGUUUCAAAGACAGUGAAUAUAUUACUCUGGCUUUGGUUGCGAGGAAGCUGGCUUUGAACACUGUUAUUGUUCUUGAGCAAGAGGAAGAGCUUGACAUGGUGAUUGAUAUCAGCAAAAAGCUUUGCAUUCGUCCCGUGAUUGGUGUUCGCGCGAAGUUGAGGACCAAACAUUCUGGCCAUUUCGGUUCGACUUCAGGUGAUAAAGGUAAAUUUGGUUUAACAACAAUUCAGAUUUUGCGUGUGGUGAAGAAGCUUGAACAAUUAGAUAUGCUUGAUUGUCUCCAACUGUUGCAUUUUCAUAUUGGCUCUCAAAUUCCCACCACUGAAUUGCUUGCUGAUGGUGUUGGAGAAGCUGCUCAGAUCUAUUGUGAGUUGCUUCGUUUGGGUGCCCAGAUGCGAGUUUUAGACAUUGGUGGUGGUUUGGGCAUAGAUUAUGAUGGUUCAAAGUCGAGCGAUUCUGAUCUAUCUGUUGCUUAUGGUUUAGAAGAGUAUGCUGCAGCUGUUGUUAAUGCUGUGAAAUAUGUAUGCGAUCGUAGGGGUUUUAAGCACCCUGUGAUUUGCAGUGAGAGUGGUAGGGCCAUUGUGUCUCAUCAUUCAAUUUUGAUUUUUGAGGCUAUUGGUUCAACUUCACACUGUACCCCUUCAUUGUCCUCCAUUGGAUUGCAGUAUUUGGGAGAAGGGCUCUCUGAGGAAACACUUGCUGAUUAUCAGAACAUAUCUGCUGCUACCAUUCGUGGUGAUCAUGAAGCCUGUUUGCUCUACACUGAGCAAUUCAAGAAAGGGUGUGUUGAGCAAUUCAAGCAAGGGACUUUAGGGAUUGAACAGCUAGCUGCAGUGGAUGGUUUGUGUGAUUUGAUAACGGAGACGAUUGGGGCAAAGGAUCCAGUUAAAUCAUACAAUGUGAAUCUCUCUGUUUUCACAUCCAUUCCUGAUUUUUGGGGCAUAGAGCAAUUGUUUCCAAUUGUCCCAAUUCAUCGUCUGGAUGAGAAACCAACUGCUAGGGGUAUUUUAUCUGACUUAACUUGUGACAGUGAUGGGAAGAUAAACAAGUUCAUUGGUGGUGAGUCAAGCUUGCCACUUCAUGAAUUGGAAGGACAAAAUGGUGGAGGAUACUAUCUGGGAAUGUUCUUGGGCGGGGCUUAUGAGGAGGCGCUUGGUGGGUUCCACAACCUGUUUGGUGGCCCUAGUGUUGUUAGGGUGUUACAGAGCGACGGUCCACACGGUUUUGCGGUGACGCGGGCUGUUUCUGGACCGUCGUGUGCAGAUGUCCUCCGAGUGAUGCAGCACGAGCCGCAGCUCAUGUUUGAGACGCUCAAGCACCGUGUACUUGAAUUUUGUGGACAGCAUGAUGAUGAUAGUGUGGUGAAUGCAGCAGGGCUGGCAAAUAGUCUAGCUAGAUCAUUUGAUAACAUGCCUUAUUUGGUUUCAUCAUCCUCUUGUUGUUUGAAUGCUGUUACUAACAAUGAGGGAUUUUACUAUUGUUCUGGCGAUGAUUUCAGUGCAGAUUCUGCUUCUGCUGUUACCUCUGUUGCUGGUUCCGUUGCCGGAGAAGAUGAGCAUUGGUCAUAUUGCUGUGCUUGAGUUUCGUCUUUAGUAUUUCCUGAUGUUGGUUGUUGUUAAGGUGGUCUUUUAUUUUUUGUCAUUUUAUGUUUUUUUUUAGCAAAUGAUGUAUGAAGAAGCAAGACGGGUCCUUCUGUGCCUUUUGUUUUUGCAAUUUCGGGCAUCUUAAUGUUGAUUUCUGUCCUGUAGAAUUUCAACUUCUAGUUUAGCCAUUUUUUUGUUGUUGUCUUGAUUUUUUAUGUUUAGAAUAAACAAUUCAACUUCUUAUUA